CGGUCACAUGACUGUCAGCUGACCACGUGUGGGAGCAGGAAGGAAGACACCACAAGUUGUAAAUGUUCACAUUUAAACUACGGUUUAAGUUCGAGCUGAGUAAACCACAGCGUCCAAACAGACCAGAUGUCGUCCUCACCCUCCUCCACGUCUUCUGUCCCUCUAAACACGGGGGUUCAAAUGCCCGUCCUGGGUUUGGGGACCUACAAGUUGAGGGGUCCCGAGGAUGUCCACCGGGCUGUGGAUGCCGCCUUGGCUGCAGGUUACCGUGCCUUUGACAGUGCAGCUGUUUACAAGAAUGAAGCCGACUUGGGUCGAGCCCUGAGGGAGCUCCUGCCCAAAUAUGGCUUGACUAGACAGGACGUAUUCAUAACCAGCAAGCUGGGCCCAAAGGAUCAGGGUGACAAAGCCAUGGAAGGAGCUCUGCACAGCCUGUCGCAGCUGGACAUGGAUUACAUUGACCUCUACCUGAUCCACUGGCCUGGUACUCAGGGUCAGCUGGUGACCGAUACAUGCAACCCAGGCAACCGAGCUCAGAGUUGGGCCGCGCUGGAGGAGCUGCAUGACAAGGGCCAGCUGAAGGCCAUCGGAGUGUCCAACUACACACCAGCGCACAUGAGUGAGCUGAUGCAGACCUGCAGAAUCCCCCCUGCAGUGCUACAGGUAGAGUUUCACCCACGGCUGUGCCAGACAGAGCUGAGGAGUGUGUGUGACAAGUACGCAGUGUGUUUCCAAGCCUACUCCUCUUUAGGGAAAGGGGAGCUUGUCACGGAACCCAGUGUUACGGAGGUGGCAAAGAACUGUGCACGCACACCUGCCCAGGUCCUGUUGCGCUGGGCUGUGCAGCAGCAUGUCCCAGUGCUCCCAAAGUCCUCCAAUCCAGACAGGAUAACAGAGAACGCUGAACUUUUUGACUUCACGCUGAGCGACGCAGACAUGGACCGACUGUCGGCUUUAGACUGUGGACACAAGUACUGCUGGGAUCCUUCAGAAGUGGCUUGAUAGACCACUAGUCUGCUUCCAUUGGGCCUUUUUGGUUGGUUUGUAAGCAAGACAACACAAAAACAACAAGAUGGAUUAUCACAAAACUUGGUGUAAGGAUGUGGUUUGGAAACAAUUAAAUGUGGUGCAGAUCUGGA